AUGCUGACAAGAUCAAAUCGAUUUUCGACGGGUUUACGCGCUUCUCACUCUUUCGUCACUUCUCCUAUUUUUUACGCAAAUGCAGAGCCUCAUAUUGGGCAUGCUUAUACGGCACUACUUUGCGACACAGCCCAUAGAUGGAAUAAAUUGAAGAAUCCGUCGAAUUUGGCGAUUUUCUCCAUUGGAACCGAUGAGCAUGGAAGUAAGAUUUUUCGGGCCGCCCAGAAUGCCGGAAAGGGUCCCAAGCAAUUUUGCGAUGAAGUCUCAGCGAAAUUUCAAAAGUUAUUCGAGAAACUCGAAAUUUCUCAUACGCAUUUUAUAAGGACCACUGACAAAAGCCAUCAGAAAGCUGUUCAGCAAUUUUGGAGAAACCUCCGAGACCGUGGCCAUAUUUAUAAGAGCACAUAUUCCGGUUAUUAUAGCAUCGUUGAUGAAUGUUUCGUGCCGGAGAAUGAGGUCAUGGAAUCGAAAAUCGACGGGAAGCCCGUGAAGGUGACCAAAUCAUCAAUGACGGCCGUCGAAUGGAUCGAAGAGGAGAACUACAUGUUUCGUUUGUCGAAUUUCCGCUCGCGAAUUUGCGAUUGGAUUGAGAAUCAGGACGUAAUUGUUCCCGAAAAAUACGUGCAAACCGCCCAAAAUUCAUUGGAAAUGGAUGAGGAUUUAUCGAUUUCGAGAACGAGCAGCCGACUUUCAUGGGGAAUCCCGGUUCCCGAUGAUCCUUCUCAGACGGUUUAUGUGUGGCUUGACGCAUUGGUGAACUAUCUGAGCGUUUCCGGCUGGCCCAGCUCAUCGUCAGCAUGGCCGCCGACGUGUCAGGUCAUUGGCAAAGACAUCGUCAAAUUCCAUCUCUUCUAUUGGCCUGCAUUCCUACUCGCCGCCGAUUUGCCAUUACCCUCGAAGUUUUUGGUUCAUGGCCAUUGGCUGGUCAAUAAUGUCAAGAUGUCAAAAAGUCUCGGAAACGUCGUCAGCCCAAUUUCAGCCAUUGAAGAAUUCUCGACAGAAGGUCUACGUUAUUUUUUGCUGAAAAAUGGAAAUCCUAGCGAUGAUUCAAAUUUCAACUCUUCCAGUUGUCUGGAAACUAUAAAUAGCGACAUGGUGAACAAUUUUGGAAAUUUACUGAAUCGGAGCACCAUUGAUAAGAUGAAUUCUACCAACACUUAUCCGUGCCUGAAAAUCACCGAAUUGGAUUCGGACGUUGUUGAUUCGUCACAGAAUCUGAUUCAGAUGCUUCAAGAAGCGCGCGAGAAAUGUGUCAGCUUAUACGAUGAAAUGAUGUAUUAUAAGGUUAUUGAGAAUUUGAUGGCGAUAAUGAAGGAAGCGAAUCGCGUUUUUCAAUUAAAUCAGCCUUGGAAGCACCAGGAAAAUGAGAAAAAACUGGAGAGCAUUAUGUUCAUUACAUAUGAGACAUUGCGAGUUGUCAGCGUUCUAAUUCAGCCAAUAGUGCCGAAAAUGGCGAAAUUUUCACUUGAUAGACUGGGAAUUCCAUCGAACGAGCGAAAUCUGGAAAAUGCGCAAUUCGGGGUGUAUGACGGCGGAAAACUCGGCGAGAAUUCGGGGAUGUCUGGGGACAAGCAAGAAGAAAUCUCCGAGGAGGUCUUGCGACGAAAACAGCUUAUUGUUCGAAAUUUGCAGGAAUCGCUUGGCGUCGACAAAUUGGUGAAACAAUUGGCGACGGAUGGCAAAAUUCCGCAUUUGUAUUGGGGAACGGCGACGACCGGCAAACCGCACGUCGGCUAUUUGGUGCCGAUGCGAAAAAUCGCCGAUUUUCUCAGCGCCGGCCUCAAAGUCACAAUUUUGUUCGCCGAUUUGCACGCGUAUUUGGAUAAUAUGAAAUCGACUUGGGAAUUGCUCGAGAAUCGCGUCGUCUAUUACGAGAAUGUGAUCAAAGCGCUUCUUCAAUCGCUCGAUGUUCCCAUCGAUCGUCUUCAUUUUGUCAAAGGCACCACCUUUCAGCUUUCUAGGGAAUAUACGAAUGAUGUGCUUCGACUCAGCGCUCAGGUCUCGCAGCGAGACGCUUUAAAGGCGGGAGCCGAAGUUGUGAAGCAAGUGGCUUCUCCUCUUCUCUCAGGACUCCUCUAUCCACUUUUGCAAGCUUUAGAUGAACAGUAUUUAAAGGUUGACGGCCAAUUUGGUGGCGUUGAUCAACGGAAAAUCUUCAUUCUUGCUGAAGAGCAGCUACCAAAGUUGAAGCUUGGAAAACGAUGGCAUUUGAUGAACCCGAUGGUCCCUGGAUUGACUGGAACCAAAAUGAGCAGCUCCGAAGAAGAUUCGAAGAUUGAUGUUCUUGACGAGUCGGCGAAAGUUCGAGCGAAAAUCGCUGGAGCUGCUUGCUCAAGGGACCAGCCGGACAACGGGGUUCUCGCAUUUUAUAAUUAUGUGCUUUUCCCGAUUGUGAGCCCCGAAGCCAUUAAAAUCGCCAAUAACGAAUUUUUCGAUUUUGACGCCCUAAAAUCGGCCUACCUCGAAGGAAAAAUUGAUGAGAACGCUUUGAAAGACUAUCUCUCCGAUUUCCUGGUGAAUUUGCUCGAAAAAGUUCAAACUCGAUGCGACAAUGAUGUUGUGAGAAAUGCCAAAGAAAAAGGAUAUCAGACGGUUGUGAAUGUCGAAUCAACGCCAAAAUCCGAGAAAGUGAUUGUCAAAUUGAACGAGGAGCAGACGAAAUGGCUUGAAGAGCUCUCGCGGGAUUCGCAGAUUAUCUGCCCGGAGCACUUGAAUUCGACGCUUGGAAAUGUCUCGACGUCGAAACCGCUUCGAAUCGCGUUUGUCUGUCACGCCAAAGGGCGAUUCCAUUUAGGAUUUGUUAGCGGUUUAUUAAAAAUGAAGAAAUUGAUUGCUUCUGGAGUUCCCGUCGACGCUACCGUCCUCAUUUCGGACAUUGAAGCUUAUUUGGACAAUGAGAAAGUCGCUUGGGGUGCAAUUGACGCUCGUGCAAUUUACUAUCGCGAAAUGCUCGCGUCGAUAUUGAAGCAGCUCAAAUUGGAGUCGAAUGUGAAGAUUCAGAUCGCUUCGGAAAUUGACGGCUACUUUAGCAGCCAAUAUGUUCUUGAUUUUUACAAAAUGGCGUCGGCGGUGACUCGCGAUGAGACGACGGUUUGCGAAGGCACCAGCUUGUCAGGCAACUUGGUGCCACUUAUGUACGCCCUCAACGCCAAAUUGGUGAAACCCGAUGUUCUUUUGAUUGGUGAAGAUGCCGAGAAUAUUGCGAUUCUUUCGGAGAAGCUUCUGAAAUUUGUUGGUCAGAAUUCUGUGCCGCAUGUGACGGUGCCUCAGAUUCCGGGAUGUGACGGCAAGAAGAUGGGAUGCUCAUCGCCGGAUUUCCUCCUUGAUCCGCUCGACACGCCGAAGCAGACGAAAACGAAAAUUGCGCGAAGCUUCUGCGAGCCGGCGAAUCUUGAGGGCAACGUCGCGAUGAAAUUCGCGAAACUCGUGGUGUUCCCGAUUCUCGACGGCGCCGAAUUGAAAAUCGCGCGAACGGAAGAGAAUGGCGGCGAUGUGAUCGCGAAGAAUUAUUCGGAACUCGAGCACGAGUUUCUGGUCGGCUCCAAUCCGAAAUUUCCGCUUCAUCCGGGUGAUUUGAAGAAUUCGGUGGUCUCGGUGAUCAAUGGACUAUUCGAUGGAGUUCGCGCCGAGUUUGCCGACAAGACUCGUAUGAAGAUUGUCACUGAUGCGUUCUCAACAUCGAAAGGAAAAAAGAAAUAA